UCGGGGAAAUUCUUGUCUGGAAAUUACGUUCUUAACGCGCAUGCGCACAACUCCCACGUAUAUCAAUGGAAGUAGUGUUGGGUUUCCAGAAGCCGUCAGAACUACUUUACCUUGUAGUGAUAUUUGUUAUUACUAGUAAUAGAUGGACAGCACCGUUGGUAUAUCCUCUGAUAAACAAUUACAACGCUAUUUGGGCUCCCUAAGUAAGUGUAUGACUGGGUGCUUGGUUCAAAGGAUGUCCAGCUGUUUGUCCCGAUCUCGCACGAUCACGGUGUACGAAGAACAGGUUAUUACGUCCCAGCCCACGGACAUGCAGAAAGCCUCCAGGCUGAUGCAGAUUGUCAUUAAAAAAGGUCAAAGUGCAUGCAGUUUGUUCUUCACAUGCCUUGGGAUUUGUGACCCAGUGUUGUACGAGAAUGUUACGGGAUUCCCAGCACAAUUUAAUCCAGAGGACCAUCAACAUGCAGAGCAAAUUCCUCUUUCAGAAAAACUGCAAUUUACACCUUGUAUUAUAAACAUACAAAACUCUUCCCUGACCAACUGUAUUAUUGGAAACAACAAUCGCCAAUGCAUUACCUGUGACCAGCAUUCUUUGCUUGCUCAAAAUGAUGCAAGCAAUGUGAAUGAAAUGCCGGAUACUGAGAGCAGAGAUCAACUGCUCCCAGUGCAGGACACAAUAAGUGGCAACAGCGUUCACAUGGAGAGAUCCAACAUAGAGUAUGUAAUUAUAGGCGACCAUAACAGUAUGACAGUCACAGAGUACUCGGAGUUUGAAGAGGACACAGAAACUGAGCCAGAAGUGAUUGGUUAAUACGUGUGAAAAGGCAGGAGGGCAAACUCACAGUUUUGGAGAGCUGCACAUUGUCAACUCGCCUUACCAGGCCUGACCUGUGAUCGGACGAUAAAAGCAUAGUAUAUGCUUUAAACGGACCAGUGCUCAGACGCUGCCAAACACACCAUUAUCCUUUAUCGUGGAUUUGUCGAAACCUGUGUGCCUUGAGGUAGUAAUGAUAUUUGAUGCUGCCUUGAUUGUUACUUAACAUGACUGUUACUGACUGUUUCUCAUGUUUUAAUGGGUACAUCAAUAUUUAUUUGUUCAACAGAAAUGUAUCAAAGUACAUAUGUUGCCUUAAGCUUUUUGUGAUGAUUAUGUCUUUCAAUAACGUUUGUAUAUAUAACUUAACUUAAUAUCUAUUGAUAUUAAUUGUGAUAGAUACUUCUAAUAUUUUAUUUGAUAAUGUGUAUAUAUAUAUUCUGUUAUAGAAUUUUGUUUGGAAUGUCACUAGUGAGAUAUGACCUGUUCAGUCAUUUUAUUUAUACUGAAGAAGGAAUGAAACUUACUCAUUUGUUAUUCUGGAGUAAUAGUUUGAAAUAAAUGUGAAAUUUGAAAUUGAA